GGGCGGAUCUUGUGCGCGCUCCCUGAGCGCACUACUUUAGCAGCUGCCAGUGCGUCCUCCUCCCGCUGUGCACGUGGAGGCGGUGAUAGACAGACAGACUACAACGGAGUCUCGACUCACGGUUAAUGCUCAAGUUUAGCUGGUUAUGUGUCGUGCCCAAUGGUAUCCGCGGCAAUACUUUUCUCCCACUGUCCAGAGCCACGGCGCGGAAGAAGAAACUUUUGGUGACUUUGGUGAAGCAGCGUGAAAAUGCCUCCAGCGUGAAAACUAUCUGUUGGGCCAUUGUCGCUGUCUACCCCCCUUUCCUGUGUCUUCUUUUCCCCCGUCCCGCGCUGUCGACAUUGUUGUCACUUUUACAGAAGUAUGGUAGAUAAAGGCCCCCUGUUGACUUCUGCUAUUAUUUUUUACCUGUCCAUUGGGGCAGCGAUUUUUCAAGUUCUGGAAGAGCCUAAUUGGAAGCUGGCUGUGAGAGAGUACGAUGCACAAAAGGAUAAAAUUCUGAAGGACUACCCCUGCCUGACGAAAGAUGAUUUGAACAGAAUUUUAGAGGCUGUAUCAGAUGCUGCGGGCCAAGGUGUAACUAUUACUGGAGACAAAACCUUCAACAACUGGAACUGGCCAAAUGCCGUUAUUUUUGCUGCCACUGUUAUCACUACUAUUGGAUAUGGGAACAUUGCCCCUAAAACCUCCAAUGGCCGUGUCUUCUGUAUCUUCUACGGCCUGUUCGGUGUGCCUCUGUGCCUCACCUGGAUCAGUGAGCUGGGAAAGUUCUUCGGAGGCAGAGCAAAGCACCUCGGCCAGUACCUCACUAAGAAGGGCUUCUCACUGAGAAAGGCUCAGUUUACCUGCACAGCGAUCUUCCUCCUCUGGGGUGUGCUGGUGCAUUUGGUGCUCCCACCCUUUGUGUUCAUGUCCCAGGAGGGCUGGACCUACAUUGAAGGUCUCUACUUCUCCUUUGUCACUUUAACUACAAUCGGAUUUGGAGACUUGGUGGCAGGAGUGGAACCCAACAAGGAAUACCCAACUCUGUACCGCUACUUUGUGGAGGUGUGGAUUUACCUUGGGCUGGCCUGGCUCUCUCUCUUCUUCAACUGGAAAGUGCGGAUGGUGAUAGAAGCUCACAAGGCUUUGAAGAAACGCCGCAAACUCCGCAAAUUAUCCCUGGACGAGCUGCAGCAUUAUAAACAAUCGCACAAAGCCUCGCUCAGACUACCACCCACUCCAAAUGAUGUCAAUAUAUUUGGCUUCCUGUCCAAAAAGCAGGAAGGUUACAAUGACUUGAUCAAGCAGAUUGGCGAUAAGAAAGACAGUCGGCCUAACGGUUCAGCCAUCAAUGCUAUCUACAGAGUCAAAUCAAAAGACAUGGGCCGGUCCCAGAGUUGCAAUGAUGCCCCUGUAUUUAAUGGUCACACAAUCUUAAGUCUAGAUAGGUCUCCACGUCAAAAGAGGCGCUAUAGUUUUAGUGACCGUGUAACUGUGGCCUUCUCAAAAUCAAAGAACUACCUCUUGGGUUCGGAUAGUGGUUUAUUGCUAACCGAAGACCAUGUGGAAGGUGAAUCGAGCCCCGACCCGAUAUUUGAAAACCAGCUUGAUAAAGAUGCAGAUAUAGAACAUGGUGGAGUGGGCGAUUCCAGUAAAAGAACAUGGGACAACAAGGAAUACCAUGCACUCACUAUCCAAAAUGCUAAUAUUACUUUUAUUGAUGAAGAGAACUUUUUAGGCAGUAAUUUGGAAGAGGAAGAGGAGGACAAUGAUUCAAAAGCUAAAUUGUCUAUAACAACAUGUGAUGAAAAUAUUGAAACAAAUUCAAAAGAAGAACAAGGAUCAGAGUCUGACGAAUCUGUCUUUACUAGUGACUGUUCUGAGCACAGCCAUUCCUAUGAGAAACUGGUAGAGGAAUACUCAAAGGAGGACAAUACGGACACAUGACACAGGGACACUACACAUUUUCAAAAAUAUGUGCCAUUUAUUUUGAUAUUAAGAAGAAUUCAACAUUUCAUUGCACUUUUGGGUCGAAUGAUGAAAGACUGCACAGCCAGAGAAUCAAAUAUUUCAGUGAAUGUUUCCUUUUUUGACAUUUCAAAUUUUAAAGCAAGCAGCACAUUUUUCUUUCAAAUCUGACAUUUUAUAUUUAUGUAUUUUUUAUAUGGUUUGCAAAACACAUCUAUAUUUUUAAGAUAUUCAUAUUACCAACCUCUCUCUAGAGUAUAUUUUGUUCACGAUUGUGGAAGUUACAGUCCUUAUUAUUAUUCAUCAUAUUGGUGAGAUUUGUAAAAUUUCUUAAAUGAAGGACUGUGGCUUAUUAAUGGGUUUAUGUCACUAGUAUUGCACAACCACAUCAAAUAAGGACAAUUCAAAGUCCUCUUUUGUCUUAAAAUGCUGAGCCGAGCUGAAAGGGCUACUUUGUGAAAACUUUGAUCUCUUAUGUCUGUCUGCUUAGAGGGUUAUUUUGACUCAAAACAAUAUAGUUUUGACUGCGCUUAAGGUCACCAAGCAAAAAUGGAACAAGUUGAACAUAUUUAGCAUUUUAGCGAGCCAAUGUCAUGCAUGUGGAAGUCAUGUGAUGAAAUGUGAAAGUGCUGUCAGACUUGAAAGUGAAUUUCCUUUGCCUUACAUGUGGGUUUACUCAUAAAUGAGCCUUCCACAUGCCCGUGACUGUUUUUAUCUACACUUGUGAAUAGUUUGCUGCUCGUGGUGUGCUUUUUGGAUUGUAUGUCUGUCAUGAGUAAUGGGGACUUUCAUGGUCAUACUAUUUUCGAUUUCUUUGUUAUUUGCCUCACAGUUGACUUCUGUCUGUCAGGAGCCACGCUCUGGCCUUGUUACUUGUGUUUGUACAGGUCUUGCACUGUCGUGAGUGACUGAAGGGCCUAGGUUAACCUGUAACAGAUCAAUGGUCCUGACAUGUGUUUGGUCAUGGGACGGGGGCAGGUGCACUUAUGUUUCACUGUGUGGCUGUCAGCACAGGCCUUAUAUGUGGGAAUGUUAUUCACUCGAGUUGAGCCUGCUUUCCAAUUGCCUAGAGCAGUGUUUUCCAAGUGAGGUCCGGGGACCCCAGGGGGCAUCAGUAGCAUUGCAGAGAAACCUCUCAAGAUUGUCCACACAACAAACAAGAGUUUUAAAUAAACUUUACAUAAGGUAUUUCUUUAUAUUAUUAUUAUUAUUAUUAUCAUUAAUUAUAAUGAUUAUAAGCUCACAUGAAUGUUGUUUUAACAUAGAAAUUUAAGGAGGAAAACAUUACAUAAUCUUUGACAUGUAGUGUAAAAAAUAUAUUAGCUGGGCCCUGUGUGAUCUUUAUAUGGUGGCCUGUGGCACAGCAGACUUUGGGAAUGGCCUAGAGCAUGCACUGAAAACUUGAAACAGUGUUAUUUUGUUUUGUACAACUAACGGCCUCUCUUUUGCCAGAUUGAAUGACUAGUCAAGUGUAUUUCUGUAGCUCUGUAUAAACAGCAGACCACACUGUCCGAUGUGCUCAGAGGUGACUGCAGUCAAACGCCUUAAAUCUGCACAGCAAAAGAUGAACUUAGUAUUUUAGUGACUCACUGAAGGAGCAUACCGGGCACACAGGGGCUUUUGUUCCUCUUCCUUCAGUAUUCAAGCACAAACCCACCUCUUAUAUCUUACACUGUCUGUGUAAGGGGCCACCCUGGUACUUGUGAAGACUGAAUCCUUGCAUGUCUCUGGAUAACUGAGACACAGUUAGUCCAUGUGUCCUAUAACUUUCUUUGUGGUUGUUCUACUGUGGUUGACUCCAAUAUAUGUGCUUGUCAUGUAUUUUUUAUCAUUAAAUUAUUGAUGUUUUAUGAAUGUUAAGCUGUACAUUUCAUUUAUAAUAAACAUUUAACAAA